AAUUUUUAGUUAAGCUGUUAACAAUUCCUGAAACUUCCAAUGCACAAUGAACCUGAGAGCUGGGUUGCAGUCAAAACUAGAAUUUUUUGCAUAGAGUGGGAGGUGCGUAUUGGAUUGUCUGCCGCAAUACAUGAGAAUCUGACAUGAAUAAGUCUAUGGACGUUUGUCCACACCAUGCAUCCCAUCUUGCUGACUGUGCCAAGCCCCCACUUUGACAAUGAAAUCUUGGAAGUAGUUCAAAGAGAGACCCAAUAAGUUGAGAACCGUCUUUCUUUAAUUUCCCAGGCUUAAAAGAACGGCAUUGAAACUUGGAAAUUACUAAAAGCAAUAGUUCAAGUAAAAUUUUUUUUAAAGUUCACAUAAUUGACUUCCUGCUUUCAUGAACUUCUCAUAACAAACAUAAACUUACUUCUAAAUUGAAUAGAAUAAUAAUGCUGUUUGCACAAGUAAAGAGUCCAGAAGAGCAAAACCUGGUCAGAAUUUAAAUAAAAGCUCGUAGAAUAAUAAUUUAAAUUGGAAAUUGUUCUCUAGUGACUAGUUUUAAAUUUUAUAGAACUGAAAACCAUUUUGUAAAAGCUUUUAAAUGUGUGAAAGCUUUCACAUUUGUAGUAUGAAGGUAUGUUAUGGUUAACUAUUACAUACUGUAAUAGAAUGAUUUUGCUUGUGAUCUGUGUUCUCCAACAGUUUGUCUUGAGGCUGUCUUUAUUAUCUUUUUUCACCUGCCUGAGUAACACUCCCCUAAAGCGAUGGAAAUGAAUUCAUUGAGACAGUGUAUGCAUUUUUGCAAAACCCCUUAACUUGGGAAUAUUUAAAAUUUUAACUGAAUGUUUCAUGGCAGACAUAAGAUCAAUUUUUUUUUAAACUUCCACUUAUAGUACUGAUUCGUCAUUCAUUCUUGGUUGCUUCCUAGUUGCAUUAGUGUUUUCUGACUUCCACAUUAAUAGUGCAGCAGGUUCUGGUAACAAUCAAAGAUAUAGACAGUUAUUGCUAAAGUGUUGUCAUAGUUUAAUUGAGCAAGGAAUGCUUAUUAAUCAAUUUUAAGUUAUCAGGAAAACCUGCCUGACAAGUGACUAUUUAUGAGAGGACAGAAUACUCACGGAACUUUAACUUGGCUAUUGCUAUAUUGCAUAACUGUUGAUAUUCUUUCUGCAAUAUCUGCUGCAGUUCUGCAGGUAGGUGAGCUUGGCACACUGCAACUGUGUGCAGUUUAACUCCAUUUCCUAGAUGAUAUGUGUGAUAGAAUAUCUUUGUUAAAGUACUUAACAUUUCCAAAGAGUGUGGAUGUCGAGAUGGGAAAAUAGUUCCCCAAUUAUUUCUAAAAUUUUUAGUUAUUUAGCAGUCAACAUCUUUAAAAUUGAGAAACCAAUAUUUAGGAACAAAGCUGAUAUUGUGUGAUAUGAUCAAAGUAGGAAAAAGGUCAAUCAAAUUCCAUGGUUAUUUAAGGCCAACAAAGAUUUUUAUAGGUGAGAUGGCUGUACAAGGGUGGAAUUGGGUGGAUAAAGGAACAAAAACAAAGUUGCAGAAAAAGUUCAGGUCUGGCAGCAUCUGUGAAGGAAAAAAUAGUUAACAUUUCGAAUCAUGUGACACCUUUCUCAGAACUGAGAGCAGAUAAAAGUUGUAGUGGUGGGAGGAAGUUGUAAGGUGUCUGAUAGAUUUUGAAGCAAUUGGAUCUGAUAAAGACUAGAAUGUGUACAAUGGGUUUUGGUUUAAAUUUCAGGAGACCGUAGAGCCAAAUGAGAAUAUUUAAAGUUGUAUAUUUGGAAUAUUCAAGUAGUCACUGAAAUGAUAAAUCACUGUCCGUUGACCACAUAGAAAAAUGAAGUUAAGAAAUCAGCAGCUAUCUGAUAGUGAGCUUUUUUUUCUCAUAGGCUAUCCAGGCAAAUGCAAGAAUAUCUUUUCUAACCAAGGUAUUUGAGUCUUCGAACGAAUUUGAUUUAUGGGAAAAGGGAGAUGUUUAAUACAGACACUGUAGUUCUUGGCGUGAUCUUUUUGAUUAUAUUAAAUCUCCUGUUUAAUUUCAAAACGAUUGAGAAGCCAAAAAAUGGAGUAACAAUAUCAGAAAACUUUUUUGAAAAUAAUUCUAAAAGCUUUUGAAGGAUUGAAAAAAAGUCUAUUGUCUCAUUGAAAUAAAUAGAAAUUUAAGUUUUUGUUGAGUAGCUGUGUGUGCCCUGUCUGAAAUUAUGACAUCAUACCAGGCGGGUGCUUUAACGGUACAGUGGCAUUGUCCCUACAUUUGAAUGAGAAGAUCUGGGUUCAAAUCCAGCCUCAGACAUGUCAAAGUAUCUGCACAUGAGAAGUUGGUCAGGUAACUUAUUUUGGCUACUAAAGAGUUAUUUAGGUAGUUUCCUUUCCGUGCUCUUUCUUUAUAGCUGUACAAUCUUUUAUUUUUAUUCAGGUGCUGACCCAGCAUCUUUCCCCAUGGUGUACUUCAGAACUUAAUUUUCAUAGUUCUUCUCCUUUUGACCUUCCGAUUCUUUCCUUUUCUCACUUACCAUAAGUCUGUUUCUUCUGGCUACUAACCUUCUUGCCAGUGGAAAUCUUUUCUUGCCAAAUAAUAAUUUUGAUUUUGAAGACCUGUUUAAACCUGUGCUAAACUGUCUGUUCUCCGAGGAGAAUGACUCCUAUUUCUCUGCAUAACUGAAUUUCCUUAUCUUUGGUGUCAUUCCAGCAACUCUGUGUAACCUCUUCAAAACUAUUAUGCCCUUUCUAAUGUGGUGCCUAGGAUUGAUCUCAAUACUCCAGCAAGCAUUAUUUUAAAAAUAAAUAUGGAAUUAAAAAAGAGGUAAAGGUACAGAAAGGAAAAAGUGAAAACAAACUUUUAAUUUUGGAGCUUUUUUUUCAAAAAAAGUCUCACGGAAUGAGACUUCACACUUUUGUUUAAAUACGUUUACGUGUGAAUGGAAAAGCCCUGACCCUUUCUGUUAUGUUUACUGGGUAAGUACCACAUCUAUUUCAAUGAUGAAUCUCUUGGCCUGAUACAUUUGUAUCAAUGUAGAAAAGCCAAAAAAAAGACUUUCUAUCAUACUAGGAAAAAAGUCAAUCAAAUCAACCUCGUUACCUACUUAGUUAUUAAGCGACUUGCAUGUGUGGAUUUUGGAAGUGGCUGUCCACGUUAUUCCUUUUUAUACUAUUCAGUGCUAAGCCUCACUAUUAUUCUAAAUGCAAAAUAUAGACGGCACUUUUUGAUAGAGAAUUAUGGGAAGAACCCUAAAAGUUUGGUAAACAGAACAGAGUAUGAAACAAACUUUCCAAGUAUCAAAUCUGGAUGUUUUAAAAUUUUUCUGGUGGCUUUCUGCAGGAUAUUGAUUUACUAUUGGAUUUUAAUGCAAAAUUAUUGUUCAUACUUUUAUUAAGGAAUUGGCAACAUAAGUAGCUGGAAACAUGCAGUAAAAUAUACAGUGCAAUAGCCAAAUGUCAAGAAGUUUGUAUCCACUCCAUAACUCUGAACUGGAGAUGAAUGGUAGGGCAUUGAUUUAUCUCCAACCAUAUAGCUAUUUUGGAAAAAUAAUCUUCCACAAUGAAGUUCUCAGAGCCAAGAUUGACUGCAGUUUGAAAACUUUAAACUAACAUUCCAAAGUUAUGAUAGCAAUAUGUUUUAAGGAUGUGAAUGUAAAUAGUGAAUAGGGAGAAACUCUGAAAUUUGAUGUAUAAGUUACAAUUUAAUGCAUGGUUAUGUCCUUUUAACUAUAGGGAUGUGAUUAUAACUAUAUAGAAAACUAUAAAAUAGAGCUAUGAUAUGUACACUAGAAUUGAUGCUAGUAUCGGAUCAUUUAGCCUUUUGAAUGCAAUUACUCCAGCACUUCUGUUAAAGGUGCAUUGCUGUCAAUGGUGCUUACAGUGCAGCUGUAAGCUUAGGAUACCUGCACCAUUCAUGUGCUUCACGUGAACCUCAAGUGCAAAUCUUUUGGAAAACCCGUGGUUUCUCCUUUCUGCAUACGAUUGUAACUCUAGGCCUUACUAGACCUGUCAGCAACAGCUAAGAAAUUCAACACCAACAAAUUAAGCUGUGACAGUCUUGAGGAAUGCUACUAAAAAGAGCAUGAGAAAUAGUCAGAAGUGAAGUUAACAAGAUAAAUAGUAUUUGGCAUCCCAGUACCUGACAACUGGAAUCCUACAGUUUCAACCAAGGCAGCAAACCAAAGGACAAAUAUUUAUCACUCCAUACAAUUUUUCUUUUCCCUACUUCAUUAGCAAUCUUAACGUGCCUGGUCAUUGGAUAUCUUAUUCUGGUAAUUGAAUCUGAAACAUUUUAUGAAAAUGUUUGGCUUGAUGGAACCGGCUGAUCUAGCUGUCGUAGCACUUUAUUUUGUCCUUGUAUUGUGCAUUGGUUUUUUUGCCAUGUGGAAGUCCAACAGAAGUACUGUGAGUGGAUACUUUCUUGCAGGACGCACCAUGACCUGGAUAGCAAUAGGUGCUUCGUUAUUUGUGAGCAAUAUUGGCAGUGAACACUUUAUUGGGUUAGCAGGAUCUGGAGCUGCCAGUGGAUUUGCAGUAGGAGCUUGGGAGUUCAAUGCAGUAUUGCUUUUACAGUUAUUAGGUUGGGUUUUCAUCCCUGUUUAUAUCAGAUCUGGUGUGUUCACCAUGCCACAAUACCUUUCAAAACGUUACGGUGGUAACAGAAUAAAAGUCUAUUUUGCUUUAUUGUUUUUGACAUUGUACGUUUUCACAAAGCUUUCUGUUGACCUGUAUGCUGGUGCGUUGUUUAUCCGGGCUUCACUCGGCUGGGACCUAUAUCUGUCUAUCAUCAUCUUGAUUGGGUUGACUGCAGUGUUAACUGUUACAGGAGGACUUGUGGCUGUCAUCUACACAGAUGCCCUACAAGCAAUUCUUAUGAUUGGUGGAGCUUUGACAUUGAUGGUUGUUGGAAUGGUCAAGGUGGGAGGCUUUGAGGAAUUGAAACGGAGAUACAUGUUGGCCUCACCAAAUGUUACAUCAGUUCUAGCCUCCUUCAACCUAAGUUCUACGAACACUUGCUGCAUUCAUCCAAAAGAUGAUGCUCUUAAGAUGUUACGUGAGCCGACUGAUGAGGAUAUUCCUUGGCCUGGCUUCCUGUUCGGUCAAACGCCAGUCUCUGCUUGGUACUGGUGUGCUGAUCAAGUCAUUGUGCAACGUGUCUUGGCAGCAAAGAACAUUGCUCAUGCCAAAGGAGCUACCCUAAUGGCUGGUUUUCUGAAACUCUUGCCCAUGUUUAUCAUAGUCGUACCAGGCAUGAUUUCCAGGGUUCUCUUUACUGAUGAGAUUAUUUGCAUUAAUCCAGAACAUUGUAUGCAAGUAUGUGGCAGCAGAGCAGGCUGCUCAAACAUUGCUUAUCCACGACUCGUGUUGGGAAUCUUGCCUGCAGGUCUUCGUGGCCUAAUGAUGUCAGUCAUGAUAGCAGCUUUAAUGAGUGAUUUGGAUUCUAUAUUCAAUAGUGCCAGCACCAUAUUUACCCUGGAUAUUUACAAGCAUCUUCGAAAGGCUGCCAGCUCUCGUGAACUUAUGAUAGUAGGUCGUCUGUUUGUUGUCUUCAUGGUAGCUAUAAGCAUUGCCUGGGUUCCUGUAAUUGUAGAGAUGCAGGGAGGACAAAUGUAUCUUUACAUUCAAGAGGUUGCGAAUUAUCUCACCCCACCAGUAGCAGCCCUGUUUCUUCUUGGUAUUUUCUGGAAACGCUGCAAUGAGAAGGGGGCUUUCUAUGGAGGGUUGGUUGGAUCCAUCUUGGGAAUUAUACGCUUGAUUCUUGCUUUUAUUUAUCAAGCUCCCGACUGUGACCAACUUGAUACUAGACCAAAUUUUAUCAGAAGUAUUCACUACAUGUACGUGUCAACGUUUCUGUUUUGGACCACCAUCUUUACAGCCAUAGUUGUGAGUCUGCUGACCCCUGCUCUUCCCAGGACAUAUACUUCCAGUACCAUGUUCUGGGCAUUAAAAGACUUGGACACUAUAAAAAGCUCUGAAAAAGAAGAAUGUGAUAAAUUAACAGAUCUAACUAUAGCUGAAUGCAAUGGCCAUACCACAAGUGCACAUAAAAAGGACACUGAUGGAAUUGAAUUAGUUCUUUUAACACCCGGAAGUGAUGAUUCCAAAUCUUUGAACUUGCCAGCCAUCUCAGAGGGACAAACUGCGAAUGACUGUUAUACAGAUGGACAGACAAUUGUUGUGGACCCAGAAACCAAAGAAGAACCAGAACUGGAAAGAAACAAAUGGUGGAAAUUUUUUGACUGCCUUUGUGGACUAAAAAAUUAUGACGUGAAGAGUCCGGUAGCAAGAGUCUCUGUGGAAGAUGAAAUGAUUUGCAUACAAAUGCUGCAAGAAAGUCCAAGGAUUAAAGUAUUGUUAAAUAUUGGACUUUUAUUUGUAUUAUCUUGUGGCAUAUCCAUGUACCUUUAUUUCUCUUUGUAAAAUCAGCCUGAACAAUUAAGUAAUGCUGUUUUUUGUUUUGAAGUAUUUUCUUUUAAAGUUCCUUUCGUUGACAUGGGUAGACAACUUCUUUGUAAUGUUAAGGUGGAGGGCAGUGAGGGAUGGAGAUCAGCUGAAACUCCAUUUCUCUCUGCCUAGCCUGAUCUCGGAUGUGAAGAACAUAGAUGGUAAAAUUAGCCAAAGUGCCUUAUAUUAAGGUGGGGAAAACUACAUUGUAGUUCUUCCUCUGGUGUUCAGCAGCUGCUGUUGGAAAUAUGCAUGUGGGUUUCUGAAGAAGACCAAAAUUAGAUUCAGUUAUGAUGUCACUUUACGGUUCAGUAUAUCUCUGUCCCCAAUUGAGGCUCACUGGUCUCUUAUGGGGUAUCAGAGGGUGACUCCUGCCCAAUAAACAAUGUUACAUGCAUGAAUCCAUGGCGGAAAAAAUACUCUAACCUUGGAAUUAAACCCAUGGCCAGCUUAAUUUUGGGGUUUACAAUUUGUCACUUAAUAUCUUUUUAUUAGAGUAGGUGACUUUGUUUCUUAUCUGGCAAUUAUUCUGUGAACUAUGAAUAAGCUACGACUGACUUUAUAUAAAAAAAACUGAAAUAUUUAUUUUAAAGUUAUUUUUCUGCCCAGAUACAUCAUGUGUAAAUGGGAGAAGGGAAAUUUUAAUCUGUUGAACAUAAAAUUCAAAUAUCUCAGCACUUAAAUAUUUUUGCCCCAAAAUAAAUAAAAGCAGUUGAAUGGACUGAUUAAUUACUACCUUUUAAUAUAAUUUUGAGAAGUAAGAGCACUCAAUUUUGCACUCCUGACUAUUUUUCCUCUCUUAAUUAUCCCCGUCCUCAAUUCGCCUGUUCCCACACUUGCUGCUCGAGAGUCCUUGGAUGAUGGUGACCUCCUCCCCGAUCUCUUCCACUAAGUUGGUUGGCAAAAAGUGGAGAGCAUUGGUCUUGGAAUAGUAUUUUUCUUCAGAUUUUCUACCCACCCUGAGGCAGUUGACUUGUGUUGAACAUCAUCUUGCGCAAUAGGAUCACAGAAUUUCCUGAAAUGGGUAGGGAAAUUGAGCCAAUUAUUUUGUAUUUUAGGGGUGGAGAUCUAUUUUUUCCAGUAUACAAUUGUGCUCUAUAUUUUUGACUAUUAAAUCAACUUGUGUUGUAAUUUCUGCACUCCAACAAAAUUCAUUGAGAUGUCAUCGAGUAUGUAGGCCAACAAAAGAUCAUUGUCUUUAACAUUUUAAAUUAUGAAAACUUUUGCUAAUUUAUAAUAGUUAUGAGCACCGUAUUAUCCAUUGUAAAAUUAGUCAUGUAUUGACCAAAAUCAAAUAGGAAAUAUUAUUUCUUUCUUAGGUAAGUGUUGUCUGCUUUUGUUAUAUUCAUUGGUAACUAUAUGCAUUGUGGCAAGUAAAUUUUUUUAGGUUAGGAGGAGCAAGUAGGGGCUGGUAUGAUGAUCAAACUGUUAGGGUAACUUAUUGCACCACCCCCCCCCCCCCAAAAAAAACUUCUGUUUGUACUCAUGAAACUUAAGAAUUUAUAAAGCAUAAUGAUUGGAUGGAGGGAAAACAGACACAUGUUCCCAAGUUAAUUUUAGGUGUCAGUGUUUUCGGUGCUAAUCCUGAACUUAUAAGAUAGCUAAGUUUUCUUUUUGUUGAAAAAUGUUAAUUUUUUUCUUCACCAUUCCAAUAUCUUUGUAGAGCUGUAUUUUCUUCCACCCUUGCUUUUUUGUUUCCUGUCUUUGUGUGCUCAUUUUGCUUUUAAGUCACGUACAUUUUUAUUUUCCAGCUUGAUUUUUGUGUUCUUUUGAGUGAACAGCUCUUCUUGCAUCAUGACACACUGAAGUGCAGGUGAUUGCAAGAAAUUAUUUGAAUAAAAUGGCCAUGAGUAAUGAGCUAUAACUUGUGUGUUGGACAAAUUGAUUUUAUGUUUUGUACACUAAAAAAAUUGUGCCAAGCUCUUUCUCAUGUAGUAUGACAUUCCUCCAUUGAUGUGAGUUGGUGUCUAGUUUCCAUAUUGAAGCCCAAACUACCAGCACACUUGGUUGGGAAGGAACCUAUCAUGUUGUUCUGAUCAACUUGUUCUUCUCUGUUUUUCUUUACGUCACAUCGACCAAUGCCAAAAGUUUAAACGUAAGUGGAAACAAAAAAGUGCUAACCUAAGAACUAUCUGCAUCCAAGUUAAAAGUAAGGUUUAAAAUUUCCAGGUAGAAUCUCCUAAUUCAAAAUUUUAACUUAGGAAAUAUUAAGCAUAAAUCCAAAGGCAAAUUCUACAAAUAUGAAAUAUUUUUUCACAUUGUAUGUAAAUUUAUUUUCUUUGAUCUGGCCUGUGUAUUUUGAAAAGCUGUUUGACCGUAUGUUUUGAAUUUGUUGAUAAAGUGCCUGAGAUAACAGCAAGUACAACAUUUGCAUUUUCCCUCAGUUCUUAGAACUCUGUUACAGAACCAAACAAUUUACAUAUGUUCCAAGAUGAUUUAUAGAAUCCUGCGUGCCCUCCAGUUUGAGUUACUGAGGUUAGUAUUCUUGUUGGUCAAUUCUAGAAGCCAGCUCUGGCAGUUUGUUCUAAACCUUUUUGUAAAGGUUAAAAGAUUAACUUCAUAGAAUUUGCAGACUUUCGCCAGCUAUGGAUGCCUAAGUAGAGGGUCUCACUUUUUUAAAAACAGAAGUCCUGCUCCCUUUCUGUUGCUGUUAUGUUAAAGUAUGAGCACUAUAAGCAAGUGUAUUGUUUGGAUCAUCAACCGUUUAAUCUGUUGUUUUGGGAGAGGAUUAUACAGCUCUGGAACUUUAUAUAUAAAGCCUGAUCAGAUUUUGUGACAAUUGCAGACCUUAUACAUUUUUUUAACUGUACCUGUAAUAUUGCAUUUUCAAACAGAUUUAGUUAAACGAGUUGUACUUUUUACUGUCUGUAGUAAAAUGGAUUUUGUUAUUUUCUACUGUUUAAACGUUUUUCAUGCUUGACUGCAAAUUACAAGUUUAUAGAGUUUGUACCAUGUAACACUUAUCAAACUAUACUGAGUUUGCAUUCUGCAUGAUAAUUUUAUGCUACGGAUCUAAUCAGGAUAGCUCAGCACAAGAUGAAAUCUGUUUUGAUCUAUACUGCUUGUUUUCCUAUCUGUUCUUCCCUUUGGGUAUUCUUGCAUUCUUUUCUAAAUUUUAGACAAACCUGCAGUGGCCUUUUCAUAAAUUAGCCUUUUUCCGUUUUGUUGAAUAAGGACCAAUGCUUGAAGUAUUUAUUGACUGGAAGAUAGUUCUGAAGUGAUUUGAGUCAGUCAGCUGGGAUUACUGAAUAUUGACAUGGUCACAGUCAAAGGUUUUAGGUCAAAUUCCACUACAGAUUUUAAGAAGUAAAUUUAAGCAGGUGAGCUCUCAAUGAGGCAUCGUGAAAGGAAAUGUCAUUUAGUUUUGAAACAAACUGUCCUGAUGUCAGAAGAGCCAUAUGCAUGCGUCAACUUUCUAAAUUUGAAGUUGCUCACCACUGAAAGAAUGGCAUUUACAAUGAUUAUAUUGAAGUACCCAAGAAAAAAAUCAAAAGGAAAGUUCAUCCCACAAUGCCUAUUUUCUGAGAACAUGAUUUUUUUUUGUUUUUUUUAGAAUUCAUUAUUGUCAAGGAGAUUAGAAAAUGUGGCACAGUCAAGUGGCAGUUGAAAUAAUGGGAUUGGGCAAAGUAGCAAAUUAUCGGUUUCUGUAAUGAACAGAUCCUUUGAAUUCUCAGUUUUUGGAUCUCCUGCUGAUUCAGCUACUUAAUUGUGCUGCCCUGUGUGAGAAGUUUAGUGAUGAAGCAUUGUGUUAGAAUGUAUUUUUUUGGUAUUUUCUAUAGUGAUUGAUUCUUGUAGAAUGCUUUGGUUACCUGAGAUGUGUAUGAAAGGACAUACGCUGUCAGUAGAAGGAAUAAAGCAAAUGGGGUUUAAAAAUGAGCAUUUUAAAUUAGUUGUUCAAUUGCCCAAAUAAAAUAAAACCUUUUUAAAGCUGUUAAUUAGGGACAAUAGGAUAUUUUUAGGAGAAGUUUCUCAACCUGCAAAUUUAAAUUGCUUGUUCAUGAGGGCUUGAAGGAUGCAAAGUUCAGCACCUGUCUGGAACAAGUGAAUCGGUUUUAAACGCAUCCUGUUUGAUUUCCUAUCAUUUGUGGGGUCUGUUAUCCCAAGUGACUAGAAAAAAUUUAGGUGAUUCAAGUUUUAAUAUUCUGUAUUGCACUUGCGUAUAUCAAUUGAGUAGAGGGAACAUUGAAAUCUUGGAUAAAAAUGUUGCUAAUUUGAAAUUUGGAUAAUCUCAUUUGAUCAUCUUGGAUAGAUCAAAAGUUACAAAAGUGAGUGUGACGAUUUGAAGCUAUCCUAAUUGGCAGUACUGCCAUGACAGAACCAUGCAUCAUGGAUCAAGUCUUGGAAGAUGUUGGAUACGUGGCUCAAGUUUGUAGUGAUAAUGGAUUGUUGACCUGUUUUUCCAGCUACCUGUAACCUUGUCAGCUUCUGUCAAGUUUGGCUUACCAAGUGUAAACAAAGUAGAGAAAUUACUCCAAUUGAAGGCAUUCCAUCUUUUUUUAAAAAGCCCAAUUUUUUUGUGACUAGAAAGUAAACCACCUCAUUAUAACCAAGUGACUUGGCUUCUUAUCAGCUAUUAUACAAUAAAAACUGAUUUUGACUCCUCAGACAUGACAUUAUGACAAAUAUUGAAAACCUUACCAGAUCUUCUCCAUUAAAUUUGAAAUUGCAAUUGAAAGGUGAAAACUUAAAUGUUGAAGCUGUAAUUGUCACUUGUAAUAGGAAUUUCUGUAUUAAUUAUUCUCCACAUACUGUUUCCAUAAAACUUAGCCUGGAACAUACGAUCAGUAAGCAUUUCAGACAACUCUAGAACAUUCUCCUGAUUCCUCCUGUGGGAUGAAAACACAUGAAGUGAACUCUUAAUUCUGCUUUGCUUUUUUUUUGAGAGCUAUUGCUAGCCAUGCUUCAAAACUAUUUUGCCUUCACCUGUUUGUCCGUUUAUGCUGGUAGCGAACGGAAUUCUGGUUCAAACUUUGUUCCUCAGUGAAAAGGGUUUAAAGGUUAUAGGUCAGAACCAUUCAAUAUUAAUUUGUUUCAGUGCUUUGAAAAUUUAAAACUUUAUUUAGUAUAUUCUUGGAAUUUGCUAGAAAACGUUUAGGUGGGAUUUUAAAUUCUUUGGUUUGGAACUUCAGAUGUAUGUCUUUGAUUCAGAAACAUUAACAUUAUGUCAAUUAUAUGCAAAUGAGAAUAUUUGACAGUGACAGUUGAUAUUAGAGUCUAAUUAUCACUGAAUUCAUCUCUAACUUUAGAUACAUUUAAGUUGAUGAUGAGUGGCAAGGUGUACCAAGUAGAGAUUUUUAUUUUGAAAAUAUCAUUCAGCACCUGACAUCAUGUGAUUCCAGAAUGGUGGCUGAACCAGCCGGGACAAGGUUGUUUAAAGGUUUUGUUUGUUAAACCAUCCAAUCUACAACAUCAAUAGGGUAAAAUUUUGUAACUGAAAAAUCUUACAGGGAGCACAUCUUCCUUGUAGAGUUUGUCCAGAUGGAUUUGUUGAAGUUUCAUGAGUUGGUUGGUGAAAUGGGUAUGUGUAGAAAUAGCAAUGCAGGGUUUAGGUCAUUAGGAGGUCGUGGUUUGUUUAGUAAUAUGGGAGUCAUGUGAACCUAAAAGAAAUUUAAAACGCCAAAUUAUAUGAAGCGAUGGCGUUUUGUUCUUGCUGGAUAAUCAAAAAAGAACUGCAUUUGGUUUUAGUUUUUUUUUGUCCAUCUGUAAGAAGCCUGUGAUUAUGUAAUACACAUACUAUAUAAAUCAAUUAGCCUUAACCAAGGAAAAUAUUACCAUGCUUUUGUGAUUGUCUAACUUGUACUUUUUUAAAGUGAAACAAUUUAUGUACUUGUUAAAAUAAUAAAAGCUGUAAAAGGAA